AUGGUUGUCAAGGCUUCAGGUCUAGCUGGAGGUAAAGGCGUCCUAAUUCCUACUAAUAAACAAGAAGCUUUAGAUGCUUUGAAAACAAUAAUGGUUGAUAAAGUAUUUGGAUCUGCUGGCAACGAAGUUGUUAUUGAAGAAUUUCUCGAAGGUCAAGAAUUGAGUGUCUUGACUUUUUCUGAUGGUUACACUUUUGUAUCUCUUCCUCCCGCUCAAGAUCACAAACGCAUUUUUGAUGGUGAUCAGGGUCCUAAUACUGGAGGAAUGGGUUGUUAUUGUCCGACUCCCAUUGCAACGCCGGAACUUAACGCAAAGAUAAAAAAUACCAUUAUUAAACCUACUAUCGAUGGCAUGAGACGUGAUGUUGCUUUACCACUUUUAAGUGAUGAUUCUGAUUUGGCCGAAAUAAUGCUGGCAUGUGCCGAAGGGCGUUUAGAUUCGGUUCGGAUUAACUCAAAACCUAGCUUUGCAACGGCUGUUGUCAUCGCCUCUGGUGGUUAUCCUGGAAGCUAUCAGAAAGGAAAAAAAAUUUUUAUUGAAAAUAUUCCUUCUGAAACGUUAGUUUUUCAUGCGGGAACUAGCAUAAAUAACGGACAACUUGUUACAUCCGGUGGUCGCGUGCUUGCAGUAACAGGAGAAGGACGUACAUUAAGAGAUGCUGUAGAUAAAGCCUAUGAAUGUGUCAAAGCAAUUCAAUUUGAAAACAUGGUUUAUCGAAAAGAUAUUGCUCAUCGUGCUUUCUCAUAUUUGUCUCAAAAGCCUGCUGAAAAUAAUAUAAUGACAUAUGCAUCUGCUGGUGUUUCCAUUGAUUCUGGAAAUCUUCUUGUCCAAAAAAUUAAAUCAUUGGUUAAGAGUACUUUACGUGACGGUUCUAAUUGUGAAAUAGGUGGAUUUGGUGGUAUUUUUGAUUUGAAAGCUGCUGGAUUCAUUGAUCCUAUUUUGGUAUCAACUACCGAUGGUGUCGGGACUAAAUUGAAGAUUGCGCAGGCUGUCAACAUUCAUAACACUAUUGGUAUCGAUCUUGUCGCAAUGAAUGUCAAUGAUUUAAUUGUACAGGGUGCCGAACCCCUAUUUUUUCUUGAUUAUUAUGCAUGCAGUAAAUUAAAUAUUGAUGUUGCGAAGGAUGUAAUAGAAGGAAUUGCAACUGGAUGUUUAGAAUCAAAAUGCGCGUUGAUCGGUGGAGAAACAUCAGAGAUGCCCGGAGUUUACCAUGGCGGCGAGUAUGAUUUGGCAGGAUUUGCAGUUGGGGCGGUAGAACGUGGAAAUAUACUCCCACGUAAAUCUGAUAUAAAUGUUGGUGACAUUCUUAUCGGUAUUCCAUCGUCAGGCAUUCAUUCCAAUGGUUUUUCAUUGGUUCGUAAAAUUAUUGAUAAAUAUAACCUUGGAUAUGAAUCUCUUUGUCCAUGGAACUCAAAACUUACGCUUGGUGAAGAUUUACUUACACCAACAAAAAUUUACGUCAAGCAAUUGUUACCAUUGAUUAAGAAAGGUCUUGUCAAGGCAAUGGCACAUAUAACAGGUGGAGGUUUUGUGGAUAAUAUACCAAGAGUCCUUCCUGAACAUCUUGGUGCUACUAUAGAUUCAACUUCAUGGAAAAUACCAGAAGUAUUCAAAUGGUUAGCGAAAAAUGGAAAUAUACCUCCCGAUGAGUUAUUCCGAACAUUUAAUUGUGGAAUAGGAAUGGUCUUAAUUGUAUCUCCUAAUGAUAAAAUUAAUGCUAUAAAUUUACUCAAACAAUGUGAUACCAAUAUUUACGAAAUUGGUCAUGUGGUGACAAAAGAGAUGAAUAAUGGAAAACAAGUUGUUAUUAAUAGAGUUACAGAAUUAUUUUGA